AUGGCUCUUGACGUUGACAAAGUUCUUCAUUUUAUUCUUCAACUACUUGUUGUUAUACAAUUAAUAGCUGUUGCUAUUUUGUAUGUUAAUGUACUUCCAUUCCCAGAUCCUCCCCAACAAAAGACAUCAAAUCUUACUGGUUUACCAAUAUGGAUCAGCGAUUCUCCUCAUUUUACUGUCGUAAAUGAAACUGUGGGUAUUAUUGAAUAUGUUGCUGCUUUUAUCACCGGUGUACUUGCGAUUUUUUGUGUCUACGUUAAACUACGCAAAAGACCUCCUGUUCGAGUACCUUCCGAUGAUCAUCCUUCAAACAACCAACCGGCUGCCGAAGAAAUACUUUGGACAGAAAUGCUUUUCAACACUAUUGUCACCGGUUAUGUAAUUGUCACCUUUAUAGCUUUGAUUACUGCCGCUAUAUUUCAAAUAGGCAAACUAUGGGCUGCUUUUGGAAUCUAUCAUAAUGUUUUAGAACUUUGCCUUGCUGCGGCAUUGUUACAGAGUGGAGCAUUCAAUUAUAUCAUUGGCGUUAUAGUUAUAGUAGUAUAUUCAAUUUCUGCUGUCGCAAUCUCCAGUUUGAUUCUAGACUUUUUGCUACCUGCCCUAUUCUUCCGUCUUGCACUAAGUACUCAUCGUCGAAGAAAAGGUGAAUCUCACCCACUUUUAAGUAAUAAUCCCUUUGAUACACACAACCUUGCUCCUCAGUCCCAGUUAAACUGUUUGGUCAUUGCUGCUACUAUACAUCUCAUUGGGAAUUUAUCAAAUGUACUUGGAAAAGAUAUGCCAAUCCCAACAACUAUAUUCAACCUGUCAUACUUUGUUGCUUUUCCGAUUUACGCCUAUUAUGUACAUCAAGCCGAGAAAGAUCGGGCUAAAUAUAUGGUUCCAAAAACAUCUCUUUACCAAUUCAUUUUGUUGAUUUUGUGGGCUGCUUCUUCAAGUGCUAUUGUUGUCUUGACCUCAUUUUAUCGCCAAAAAUAUAACUUCUAA